AUGCCUAGACAGGAGACAGCAACUGAAUCAAGGUCUCUGCCUAUGCUGAGGGGAAACCAAACCAGCGUCUCGGAAUUCCUCCUCCUGGGACUCUCUGAUUGGGCAGAGCAGCAGCAGCUCCUUUUCGUGCUGUUCCUCUCGAUGUACCUGCUCGGGAUCCUGGGAAGCCUGUUUGUUGUCCUGGCCAUCGGCUCUGACCCGCACCUGCACACCCCCAUGUAUUUCUUCCUCAUCAACCUCUCCCUGGUCGACGUCUGCUUCCUGUCCACCACGGUCCCCAAGGUGCUGGCCAAUGUCCAGACCCACAGCAAAUCCAUUUCCUACGCUGGCUGCCUGACACAAAUGUAUUUUUUCAUCCUGUUUAUAAGUCUGGACAAUUUUAUCCUCACAGGGAUGGCUUAUGACCGUUACGUGGCCAUAUGCCACCCUCUGCACUACACCACCAUCAUGAGCCCACGACUCUGUGCCCAGACGAUUGUGGUGUCCUGGAGCAUCGGCAGUCUUGAUGCCCUCUUACAUAUCUUAAUGGUGGUUCGAUUAUCCUUUUGUGCAGGAAACGAAAUCCAUCACAUUUUCUGUGAUCUUAACCAGGUCCUAAAGCUUUCCUGUACUGACACCUUCUUUAAUGUAGUCUUGGUGCAUGUAUUCUUAGUAAUUUUAGCUGUUGUUCCCCUCACAGGUCUUCUUUUCUCUUACAGCCGUAUCAUCUCUACUGUACUGAAAAUCUCAUCUGCCGGGGGAAGAUAUAAAGUUUUCUCCACCUGUGGCUCUCACCUGUCUGUGGUCUCCUUGUUUUAUGGCACUGGUUUUGCGGUCUACUUCAGCCCCAGAUCUACCCAAGCAUCUCGGCAGGGCUCUAUAGCAUCUGCGAUGUACAUGGUGGUCACCCCCAUGCUGAAUCCCUUCAUCUACAGCCUGAGGAACAAGGACAUGAAACGGGCCCUGACGAAUGUGUUCUGCAGGAAAACUCUUCUUAUGAAGUUAGUGAUCUCUCCUCCUGGAUCUUAG